AUGUUGUUGAUCAAUAGUCUGGACAUUGAUCAAAGUGAUCAAAGUGGUGUCAAUGAAUCAUCACGUGUCACACCUCCUCCAAACAACAAGAUCAGUAUACAUCAGAGACAGUUCUAUGAAGGCGGUGCUACUCCUGUUGAUACCAAAGAGUUGGCCAUCAAUGAUGAUGAUGACUCAUCUCAUUAUCCAAGGUUCAUCUAUGUUCAAGUGGAUGGUACAUCAAUGGACAAUGAAGCAAUCGCCAAUGUAUUGUUACAAUUCAGACAUGCGAAUGGGAUGGAUAACAAUGUACUACUACGUCAACAACAAUCACCAAGUGAUCUACUCAUUCACAAGUUAUCACAAUAUGAUGAGGAUGGAAAGACAGCACCAUUCAACAUUUCACCAACACAUCAAUCAAGGAAAGACAUCAACAAUGGAUUCGAUUGGAUUGCUUUAUACAAUGAUACAAAAGAUCAACGUGCAAAGAGACCUCAGGAGAUGGACACCAACAUGAUCCCUAACUACUUUGAUCAUACCAUCACAUCAUACUCUUGGCGCGCCAGUCGUGAUCAUGGUCAUGUGGCCACAGACCAUCCAUUUGAAUCCACAUCAGACUUGAUCAAAGUGGAUGGUAUAUCAUUCAACUGUUUGACAUCAUACUAUGACCUGGAUAACAAGACUACAAGUGGAUAUAGACUGUUCUCAUCUAUCUCGGACUCGUCUGAUGUGGGCUCAGUGGAGACAAUGAUGAUGGACAUCAAUCAUGUUGAGAACUAUCCAUUGCUCAUGAGGAAUCUGUUCCUGUACGAGAAGCACGUUCAGAGGACUAUCAUCAUAGUUGGACCAUGUUCAAUCAAGACUACACUGGAGGUAUACUUGGACCUGUUCAUCAUGCAGAAUAGGCUGUGGCGGUACAACUCAAACAUUGACAAUGUGUGUGACUAUGAUGAUGAGUCACGCGAGACUGGUAUCAUCGCCAUCUUGAAGAAGGACAGGUUCCGCUCGAAGCAAGAGUAUCUUCAAAGUCUGGACAACAUGCGGUUCUCGACAAGUGUCUGGAAACAAACGUUUCAGCUCCAGGAUGGCGGUGGAAUGACAUGCGAAACUGUGAAUGGCGCGACGAGCAUGAUCGCACCGCAUGGAAUGUUCUCGGACUUGCACUCUGUGACUCGUGACCUCCACAUAUUCAGCUUCAAAAAGCUGAUGACCGUGGAGGACACCAAGAACUUCCCAUACAUCGAUCAAUGGGAUGACUACCUGUUGCCUCUGGCAUCAUGCACCGAGGCACAGAUCAGAGAUGCCAACCACAAGAGAGGUAAGAAGAUACCAAAACAUGACAAUCGACCAAUAAUGCCUCCGGCGUGGAUAGACAUCACGGUGCGAUCACUUGAGAUGGACUACUUGCUGCGGCCAAACUAUCUCAUACGUCGUCUAUUGUUCAUGUUCAAGAAGGGAUUGUGGGACACUCAGAGACCAGUCGAAUGUGCAGCCGUACACAUUAGGAAUGGUGACAAGGCAGCUGAGAACGUCGUGUACUACCUGGAGGACUACAUGAACUUCUUUACAGGUCGCUUCAACUUGUCUUUAUCAAUGCCCGAGUUGUAUAAUCACAAGAACAUCUUCCUAAUGACAAACAACAAUACUAUCAACAGCAACAACAAUUUACUCAAACAAUAUCCAUUGUACAACUUUACAACUAUUCGGGAACCAUUCCAAUUCAAUGAUCAAUUGACCAAUGCAUUGGUAAUGUUGAAUGCUACAUCCAAUGUCAAGUUCUCAGUUGGUGUCAACAUAUUAUUACAAACCUUGAUAGCAUCACAAUGUCAAUACUUUGUUGGUACACUAUCAUCCAAUGUUGGACGAGCCAUCAUCGAACUUAUGAUUGGCAAUCAACAUCUUCUCACACAAUCACAAUGGUUAUCAGUUGAUGGUUCCAAGUAUGUAUUCUAUCCAUGA